CCGCUCUGCUCCCCCUCGUCUGAGCGGUCCUGUGUGUAUUGUCGAGGCCAUGAAAUGUCUUUCAUCAUUUGUAGCAUUACCCCAUCGGAGCUGAUCGAUGAACGACGGCUACUCAUCUUUCUUCUCUUCCCGGCCCUCCCUCCAUCUCUCCCUUCCGUUCCGUCCUCUCCCUCCCCCUGCUCCCGUCUCGGCCGACGACCCCCCCCCCUCCCCCUUUCCAUCAUUUUCCCAUCUCCUGUUCACUCUCCCCUCGGAUAAACAUGGCUGCGAAAUCUGACGGUGCGGCCGUCUCUCCGCGAAGCCAAAUCCCGACAGAGCGUCCCUCCAGGCAGGAGCGGCUGCUUCCCCAGCUGCCCCCCGCCGAGCAACGCUACUCGCCGGCGGACUGCUGUUGGACCCUAGGCGCUCUUCUGGUCUUCUUCUCGGACGGGGCCUCAGACCUGUGGCUGGCCGCCGACUAUUACCUCCGGAGGGAGUACUGGUGCUUCGCUCUGACUCUGGUCUUUGUCAUAGUCCCUUCCGUGGUGGUGCAGGUGUUGAGCUUCCGAUGGUUUGCCUACGAUUUCUCCGAUAGCCCGGAGAGCGGCACGGCGGCGGCCGCGGUGGUGGCAGCGUCCUCCGGGGCGGAAGGGAGGGACUUGAACGCCAAGGACGGCGGCGAUGGCGAGCGGGGCGCUGGCCGCUCCGCCGCGGUCGGGAUGCUGCCCGGUUCCCCCGCCAGGGUGGGAGCCCGGGGAUGCUGCAGAGUUUUCGUCUGGCUCUUCCAGGCCGUCGUUCACAUCCUCCAGCUGGCACAAGUGUGGAGGUAUGUGCGUGCCCUGUAUUUGGGAGUGCAGAGCCGCUGGCACAGGGAGCCGGAGCGGCGGCACUACUACUGGCGCAUGAUGUUCGAGACUGCUGACAUCAGCAUUCUACGCCUGCUAGAGUCCUUUCUGAAGAGCGCCCCCCAGCUUGUGCUGCAGCUCUCCAUCAUGAUUGUCUCCGGUCAGGUGCUGCCUCUUCAGGGCCUUUCGGCGUCCGCCUCGCUGAUGUCCCUUGCCUGGAUGGUGGCUUCCUAUCAGAAAGUCUUGAGAGACUCCAGAGAUGACAAGCUCCCCAUGAGCUACAAGGCGGUCACUGUUCAGAUCCUGUGGCAUCUCUUCACCAUCGGUGCCCGGGCCCUCGCCUUUGCACUCUUCGCCUCUGUGUUCCAGCUGUACUUCGGGAUCUUCGUUGUUGCCCACUGGUGCAUCAUGACCUUUUGGAUCAUUCAAGGCGAGACAGACUUCUGCAUGUCCAAGUGGGAGGAGAUCAUCUACAACAUGAUGGUGGGCAUUGUGUACGUUUUCUGCUGGUUCAGCGUCAGAGAGGGUCGUACUCGCUGCAGGUUGCUUACUUACAGCCUGACGGUGUUCAUUGAGAACGUGGCCCUUACAGCCACCUGGUACGUGUACCGCGGCCCCCGCACCUCAGACUUUUGUGCUGUGGUCAUGGUGUGCGUGGUGGCCAGCAGCUACGCUUUGGGCACCUUCUUUAUGUUUGUUUAUUACUGCCUACUGCACCCUGAUGGGCCUAUCUCGGGAUGGGACUACUUGGCGGAGAAGCAGGCGGCUGUAGAGGCACCGUUGUCCCCAACGUCUAGCCUCCCUCCUGAUGUGGUGAGCAGCCCCCCGAGGACCUUGCAGAGAACUAAAGACUCCGGGGUAGACGGAGACGUGUUCCAGGUGCGCCCUCCCCGGGGAUCUCGGGCGGCCGUCCCCCACCCAACACCCAGGACAGAAGGGCCAGUCAUCCGAAUAGACCUGCCCAGGAAGAGUUACCCUGCCUGGGACGCUCACUACAUCGAUCGGAGGUUACGUAAAACCAUCCUGGUGUUGGAAAGCGCUGCUCCGGUCGCGCCACGGAUUCAGUACCGCUGUUUGGGCACGCCCAAAGAAGUCAUGGAGUAUGAGACCACUGUGUGAUGUAGCGAGACCUGCUCUGUUCAUCUCCACUAUCAGGAAAACACGUGGGUAUUGCCAAUGCAAAGUGCUACGUCGCCAAUGGUGGUGCGUAUUUGGGCUUGUGCAUUUCUCAGGUGAGAGCGGCGUUGAACAACAAGAACAAAGAAUGCUUAAAACAUAGUAAAGCACGCCUUCAACGUGUCUGAUUGUGAAUGAUGGCAGCUAUGACGGAAACAUCACUGGUGAGACACUUCCACUGUGCUGUACUGCACUGCACUGCACGAGUAGUGAUCAUCGCCAUUUUCCAAAGUUGUCACUUAUGUUGAAGGAAUCGUGGCUGUCAAAUCUGUAGGGCGGAUUUGAAUGUUAAAACAAUAGAAAAUGUGUUUGUUUGUGGCAAGACAGAAAACAUUCCUACGUUGUUGUUGAAAGGAGCUAGAACAUUUCUGGAAUUAGAGACUCUCUUUAUCAUGGUUGUGCAAGGAGUGAUUUUAGAUGCACUAGUUCAUACACUCUAGAGACGAAAACAGAGCUCAGAGUUUUCAUCUGUUAAAAGAAGCACAUUGAGGUGUACUGUU